AGUUUACGUUUUGCCAACAUAGCCCGGCUCAAGCCUACGUCAACAAUCCUGAAUUCCGUCCGAAUCCACGCCCUGUUUUCCGGGGGCCCACAUAGAAUUCCACCCCUUCCACGCUGCUAUUACGUUCCGUUCGCGAGCUGGAGCUGGCUGCGGUGUCGUUUUCUCCAGUCAGUCGGACCUUGAUAAAUCUUUUCAACUGUCCUUGUUCUCGUGUUUACGAUUUAGAUUGUAGUUGCAAUACCUUGCGUUCGUGCGUGGGCGUCGAUUACGCAGUUUUCCGGCUGCAUUGGCUCUGAAGCUAUGGAUUGACUUCAGUUUUCCUUCAACCCCUCCACCAAGUUGAGAAAACAUUCUAACCUGCGGUCUCUCCAUACUUCGAGCUCACGAGCCAGCUACAUGUUUCCUCCGGCCAGUUUGAAAAGUAGCUGGUUCCAGAUGUUUUUAAAUAUUUCAUAGGUCAUACAUUACACUUCUUCGUUUGUCUCAGGAGUGUAUCGAAGGAGGUGGCAAAGGAUUUAAAACACAGGUCUUCUCCGGGGUACUUGAAGCCUGCAAACAUUUAUUUUUGAAAAGUGAUGGCCGAGCGGGGAGCACGGUUGCUCCUCUCUCUCCUCUGUCUCACCUUUCUUUACCCAGCGAACACCGUGUCAAGACAUGCCGACAAAGGCACGGCAACGCGGCGCUUCAGCCCCUUCUGGUUCUCGGUGGAGCCAUGGGACACGCUGGCGGUGAGGGGCGCCCCGGCACUGCUCAACUGCUCGGCCCACAGCGGUGAUGCCGCCUCAGACCCCGCCGCACCCCAGGCCCACGUGGAGUGGAAGAAGGACGGCACCUUCCUGGGCCUGGCGCCCGAUGACGGACGGCGCCGGGUGCUGCCGGACGGCUCGCUGUUCAUCUCCAGCGUGGUGCACUCCAAGCACAACAAGCCCGACGAGGGCACAUACCAGUGCGUGGCCACCAUUGACAGCCUGGGAACCAUCACCAGCCGCACGGCUCUUCUCACCGUGGCAGGCACGCCACGGUUCUCCAGCCAGCCAGCAGCGGCUAGCGCGCGACCGGGAGAGAGCCAGGUGAUGGCGUGCGACGUCAACCCGGACCUAGUCCCCUUUGUCCGGUGGGAGCGCGAGCGCGAGCCUCUGGAGCUGAACUCUAGGCUGGUGCAGUUGCCCAGCGGAGCCCUGGUGGUGAGCAAUGCGUCAGAGGCCGACGCCGGACUCUACCGCUGCGUGGUGGAGAACGCCGGGCCAGCUAAGAUCAGCGAGGAGGCACCGCUCUCCAUACUGCCAGAAACCGGAGAGGAUAGAAAACUGGAGUUCCUGGUAGAGCCACUUCCUGUGACCAAAGUGGUGGGCGCUGGCGUUCUACUCCCCUGUGUGGUGACUGGUUACCCAGCGCCAUACGUUCGAUGGAUGGUAGGAGACAAGCUGAUCGAGGAGAGUUUGGGAAAGCUCGAGGUGGUAGGCGGAGGAAGCCUGCAGAUCUACAACCUGACGGAGGCGGAUGCGGGCGUCUACACCUGUCUGGCCGACAAUGCCAACGGCACCAUUGAGGCCCGGACGGAACUCACCGUUCAAGCUCCACCUCAGUUCCUGAAGAGGCCGGCCAACAUAUACGCCCACGAGUCGAUGGACAUCGUCUUCGAGUGUGAGGUCACAGGCUUCCCGGCCCCCACGGUGAAAUGGGUCAAAAACGGUGACGCCGUCAUUCCCAGCGACUACUUCAAAAUCAUUAAGGAGCACAACCUGCAGGUGUUGGGUCUGGUAAAGUCUGACGAGGGUUUCUACCAGUGUCUUGCGGAGAACGAAGCGGGGAACGUGCAGUCCAGCGCUCAGCUCAUCAUCCUGGAGCACGACGUAGCCCUCCCCACCCCCCCUCCCCCGUCACUGACUCCUGACACUACUGACCAUGUAACGCCAGGCUCCAGAGGCGUGGCUAAUGCCGCUGGCCCCACCCCCUCGGCGCCCCGAGACGUCGUGGCCUCGCUGGUCUCCACCCGCUUCAUCAAGCUCACCUGGCGCCCGCCAGCCGAGCCCCACGGAGAUGACCUCACCUACUCUGUCUACUACAGCCUGGAGGGCACCAGCAGGGAGCGUGUGUUGAACACCAGCCGGCCGGGCGAGAUGCAGGUGACCAUCCAGAACCUGAUGCCGGACUCCAAGUAUAUGUUCCGGGUGAUGGCACGCAACCAGAACGGCCUGGGAGAGAGUUCUGCUGCCCUGAAGGUGCCCACACAGGCUGAAGUGCAAGUUCCCGGGCCGGCCCCCAACCUACAGGCCGUGUCGACCACACCCACCUCCGUCAGCCUCAGCUGGGACCCGCCCCUCAUCGGCAACGGAGACCUCCUCACCUACAAGAUCUACUACAUGGAGAAGGGCCAGGACACAGAACAGAACGUAGACGCGGUAGGUCUGUCCUACAACAUGAUGAAUCUCAGGAAGUUCACGGACUACAGCAUCAGAGUGGUGGCUUUCAACAAGCACGGCCCAGGAGUGUCCACGGGAGACGUGUCGGUCACCACGCUGUCUGACGUUCCCAGUGCCCCUCCUCAAAACCUCACUCUGGAAGUCCAUAACUCAAAGAGCAUCAUGGUCCGAUGGCAGCCCCCGCCGCCGGGCACCCAGAACGGCAAGAUCACGGGGUACAAGAUCCGUUACCGGAAAGGAACGCGGAAGAGCGAGGCAGCGGAGACCACGGGGGGCACCCAGCUCUUCCAACUCAUAGAUGAUCUGGAGCGGGGGACGGAAUACACGUUCAGAGUGUCGGCCAUCACGGUCAACGGUUCUGGGCCCGCUACAGACUGGGCUACAGCAGAGACCUUCGAGAGCGACCUGGAUGAGACCCGCGUACCAGAUAUCCCUAGCUCGCUGCAUGUGCGGCCGCUGGUCAACAGUAUUGUGGUGAGCUGGACGCCACCGGAGAACCAGGACAUCGUGGUCCGUGGCUACACCAUCGGCUACGGAAUCGGCAGCCCCCACGCCCAAACCAUCAAGGUGGACUACAAGCAGCGCUACUACAGCAUCGAAAACCUGGACCCCAAUUCCCACUAUGUGAUCACCCUAAAGGCUUUCAACAACGUGGGUGAGGGGAUCCCUGUGUACGAGAGCGCCAUCACCAGGCCACAGUCAGUACCAGACCCCACACCCAUGCUGCCUCCAGUGGGCGUACAGGCCUCUGUGCUCAGCCACGACACCAUCAAGGUCACCUGGGCCGACAACUCACUUCCCAAGAACCAGAAGAUCACCGACGCCCGCUAUUACACGGUUCGCUGGAAGACCAACAUCCCGGCCAACACCAAGCUCAAGACGGCCAACACCACCAACCUGAGUUACAUGGUGACCGGGCUAAAACCCAACACGCUGUACGAGUUCUCCGUCAUGGUCACCAAGGGUCGGAGGACCAGCACGUGGAGUAUGACGGCCCAGGGCACCACCUUCGAGACCAUUCCCAGCUCGUCCCCCAAAGAUGUGACCGUGGUGAGCAAGGAGCUGAAACCACGCACCAUCAUAGUCAACUGGCAGCCGCCCUCAGAGGCCAAUGGGAAGAUCACAGGCUAUAUCAUCUACUACAGCACGGACGUGAACGCCGAGGUCCACGACUGGGUCAUAGAGCCGGUGGUUGGCAACAGGCUGACCCACCAGAUCCAAGAUCUGACUCUGGACACCACCUACUACUUCAAGAUUCAGGCCCGAAACUCUAAGGGCAUGGGCCCGAUGUCUGAGGCAGUGCACUUCCGCACCCCAAAGACCGAAUCCUCUGACAAAAUGGCUAAUGACCAAGCCUCCAAUUUGCCAAAUAAACCAGGAAGUCACCAACCGCCUUCUGACAACGGUUUUGGGUCUCCACACGGGAAACCAGGAAUGACCGGCAGUGGGGACAACCACAUCCUGGUGAUCGUCAUCAUCAUCUCCGUCGGGGCCUUCACCAUCAUCGUGGUGGUGGUCGGGGCAUUCCUCUGCACGCGGCGCACCACCUCCCACCAGAAGAAGAAGCGUGCGGCGUCCAAGUCGUCCAACGGCUCCCACAAGUACAAGGGCAACUCCAAGGACCUGAAGCCCCCUGACCUGUGGAUCCACCACGAGCGGCUGGAGCUCAAGCCCAUGGACAAGUCCCCCGAGCCCGACCCGGUGAUGACCGACACGCCCAUCCCACGCACCUCGCAGGACAUCACGCCGGUGGAGCCCGGCCGGGACGACAGCCUGCUGCAGAGACGCAACUCCUACCGAGGCUGUGAAUCAGAAGACAGCAUGUCUACAUUGGGAGGGAGACGGGGAAUGAGGCCUAAAAUGAUGAUGCCCUUUGAUGCACAGCCCCCCCAGCCUGUCAUUAGUGCUCACCCCAUCCAUUCCCUCGACACCCAUCACCACCAUUAUUACACGGGCAGCCUGGCAUCGCCGACACGCAGCUACCUCCACCACCAUCAGGGCGGCGCCCACCUGCGGUCACACACCUGCGCCUCCCCCAUCACCCAUCUAGACAGGGUGGACUCCACAGAGUCGGUGAGGAACACCCCAAUCUCCGAGCCCCUCCCACCCCAGGCCCAGCCCCCCUGCCAGGCUGAGGUCCAGCACCAGCAACCAGACCCUGAGGGCAGUUACCACGGCUCCACGGCCACCGAUGACGAGCCCAGUGCCAGUGGCAGUUACUGCAGUGCUGGCCAGCCCCCCACUGCCCAUGUGCGCCCGGCGCACCCCCUGAAGAGCUUCGCUGCGCCUGCAAUCUCCGCCAUCACCUUCGAGACGCCUGCCCUGCCCAGCACACCGUUGCUGACUCAGACUGGGGCCCAGCUCCACUCAGUAAAGACAGCCUGCAUCGGCACACUGGGCAGGACGCGCACGCCAAUGCCAGUCACGGUGCCCAACGCCCCGGACAUGCCUGAAACCAGCCGCAUGCUGGAGGACGUGGACAACGUCCUUGCCUCUCUCCCCUCCUGCUCUCCCCCUGUCUCCCGCAGUAACCCUGUUCCUUUCCCUCAGAGCUACGAGUCUGAUGAGUUGACAGAGGAGAUGGCCCACCUAGAGGGUCUGAUGAAGGACCUGAACGCCAUCACCACAGCCUGAUCACCACAUGCCCAUCACACCCCGCUGCUCCCUCACACACACACACACGCGCGCACACAUGUCCAGGAACAAACACACACGCACACAUGUCCACAGUACAAACACACACACCCCCUGCCACCCCUAAGCAAACUGGUAGCCCUACACCUGGUUACAUGAUGGGCACCAUCCAUGGAUCCACAACACCCCUCAAGAGAGAAAAAAAAAAAAAAAAAGAUCUAACUGAAACAUUUGGCUUACCUUGCUCCGUCUCAGGAAGGACAUGGCCAUUUUAAAAACCAGACAGUUCACCUUUUUAUGAAGAAACAUUCUCGGAACCGAUAUGUAACAUUGGUCGCAUUCAGCCAGAGAAAAGUGAAUUUUCUCAGCAAAAAAAAAAAACUAAAACAGAAAAGGUUAGGCUGAUUCGUUGGCUGCUGGUGAUGCUUGACCACGAUUUGUGCUUUCAAGUCAAGAGGAGGAGUCAAAUAGGGCGCUAUUUCCUGUCGGUGCUCAAGAGGCGCGGUCUACACACAGUGUUGGUUUAAUUAGUGUCAUUUCUUUGUGCAUCUUUGUAUAUCUAUUGCUCCGUUUCAGUGAAGUGAACAUUGGACAUCGGUCCCUUCCAUUAACGCAGUCAUUUUAUAGCUAUCAUUUUUGAUCCAACAAUGUCUGUUUACCUUACUCAUUGUUAUAUAUUGUGCCAUGUCUUUUGAUAUUUUCUAAUAUGUUUUAUGUAUUUUUUUUAUUUACAUAUCCGUAUAGGUAUGUACAUAUGUUUAAAAGAAACUGCCUCAUUAUUUCCACCAUUGCUUGUUUCAUUUGAUGUGGGAGGAGAAUGAAAAGAAGACUCUCAGACACUUCAUAUCAACUUAUGGGGAGAUGCCUUGUGUGUUAUUACAGUACAUUUGAAUGGAUUAUUGCAUUCUAUGGCAUUGUGUGGCCCCUUGGUACAUUUUAAAUAUGUUUUUGUUUGUAGGAGCUUCUAUUCAAAAAGCCUUACAAAUACAUGUCCGUACGUUGACAUUCAAGAUGACUCUGCCCUCUGUGGACAUUUUUCGAGUUACACUGUGACGCCUCUGAUAUGCCGAGUCACCACUCUUAGGCCAGUUUGGCCCAGGGUACCAGGCAUUUUGGGCUUGUUAGUUGGUGACCUUUCAGAACCAUCUGCAGGACAUUAAGCCCGUUACAGAGAUUGCUGGUCUUGGGGUUCCUCGCCCUACAAUCACACAUCCUACCCAGUCACUCAGCUGUUUCUAUGGAAUGGUGAUAUAUCGUAUGAAAGUGCUAUGAAAUGUAUGUCUUGUUUCCAAGAGCCAAUAUUUGGUUGAAGAGGUCUGUUUUUUCCCCCUCAGUAUCUAUCUUUCUCUCUCUUGCUCUCACUCACUCUCUUGCUAUUUCAUUCUCUCUUUCUCUUUGUCAUGCGAAAACCAGGUUAUUCUAUCAUGGAUAAGUGUUUACUGUUAUCUGAGGUCUCUUCGAGAAACAAUGCAUUCAGGCUGUUUUUAAAUGUUACGUGAAAUUAUGUCGGCCUAUUGAAUGGGACUCCCAGAUUCAGAUUUUUUUAAACAUGUAGUUUGUUUUUUAUGAAGAAAAAGAAACUUGUUCUGUACACAAUUCCAAUGUAAAAAGGAAAAAAUUAAAAUAUGUUCAUGUAAGAAACUAGUUUUUCAUCUACCCUCUUACCCAAAGAAAUUGGUCAUUGCAAUCAUUAUUACCUUAUACUUUUGUGAAUACCAUGUUGACCAUGUUUCUCAAUAUACAUCCUCAUGAAUGUCAAUAUAACUGUAAGAGAUUUUACUUCUGGAUACAAAAGGAACAUGUAAAAAAAAAAAAAGAGAAAAAAAAAAGUGGCACAGAGG